AUGACUACAGUUGAAGUUGCCUGUCCCGAGAGCCAAGGAAAGAGGAAGUACGAGUUGGCGAGGAAACCUGGUGAAGAGUUCAUCAACGACUACAAUCCAGCAGUGCUCAUGGCAUGGAACGGGAACAUCGACCUGCAGUACGUGGGAGAUGACAAGGAUGUAGUUUCAUACAUCACUGCUUACACCACGAAGGUAAGAGUUUGUUUCUAUUCUUAACUUCAUCUUUUCAUUUAAGGGAGAAAUUGCAAGAAAAGUGGACGCGUUGAAGCACGACGACCCAUCCAUUACGUUCGUGAACGCCAUCUACAAAAUGGGGGUCGACGAACUGAACUCAAGAGAAGUUGGAGGGCUCGAGAUGUGCGAUGACCUGCUCGGCAUGCCCAACUAUUCGUUCGACACAGCAGAAGUCUGGAUUCCAACGGAUCCACGUGACAAACGAAGCAGAAUGCUGAAGUCAAAGCAAGCACGUGUUGAAGAAUCUGAGGCAUAUCACCCAAAUCUUGUUGACACGCACUACCCAAACAGGUGUACACGGCUAGAAAACCACAGCCUCUACAAUAUUGCGACUAACUACGAGUGGCCACUGCGAGGCGGACGGAUGGUGCCAGCGGGACGUUCACUCAACUCGAGGAGCUCCGUGAACAUUUCCGAUGCGGAGUAUAACCGAUCCGACGAGCACUCCCCGUUCUAUGCCCACCCAAAUGUACCUUCUGGAGAUUCCUUCGAGAUUCGAACGGAAAAACGGCAGUUCGUCAAAUGUAAGCAAAAAACGGGACGGUUCUUCUUACCGGAAUGCGACUUUGGAAAUGAAGUAGCAACCGAAGACUUUCUCCGUCGAUUCUGCUUACUGUUCAUUCCCUCGAGAAAAUAAGGAGAGAUACUCGGAACAUAUGGCAAGGACACGUAUUUCGAAAUGUUUUUCAGCUUUGCCGAAGAACAGAAAAGAAAAUCUGUGAAUGCGUACGAGGACCUCGUCAAAGUCUUGGACGCAAUGAAAGAGAUGAAACGCGACGAAAAGAACCUAAAAAAGAUGCUCGACCAACUCAAGCAUGGUUUACGAGGACUGGACAUGGAAGAGGUCGAAGAGGAGCUUCAAAUUGCGAAACGAAUUGUCGACAAUUAA